AUGCCGAUUGUAAUGAGCAAGGCGGAGUGGGACCGUAUCCACCAUUGGAGGAAAUCGGACCGAGAGGACCCUGAAGUGGUGCGACGGCGGGAGUACAUCAAGUACCUGGAUACUGCCAGUCAUGAGAUGACCAAAUCUUGGCCCAACUCUUUAGAGAACGUCAACAAACGCAAUGAAGAAUUGCGUCAAGCACGAAUUCGGACAGCAGAGCAAGCCAACACGAGGUUCUAUCAACGCUACCUGAAGAAGAAGAAAGAAGAACAAGAGCGACUCAUGUAUUCUGCCAGAGAUGUCAUCUUUAAGAAUAAGGAUGCGCCCAAAUUAAUGCUUAGUGCGGUAAUAGAAACAGCAGUCCAAAAGGAACGAGCGGAGCAGGUGAAGUUCUUGAACGAGCGCCGCAAGGAAGCAGCAGAACGCAAGAAGAAAGAAGACGACGAGAUAAUAAGGAAGGCUAAAGAGUGGUACGAGCUCAUGGAGCUGCGGAAGAAGAGGCGGUAUGAGGCAAACAAGCAGCACCAACAGGAAAUUGUAGCUCAAGCAAAAGAAAUGGCAGAACGUAAUCGUAUGGAACAUGAGACGGAAGUCCAGCUGCAGAAGAUAGAUAACAUGAAGGCCAACGAGCAGAUGGAAAUCAUUAGAGAUUUUGAAGAACAAUUCGCAGCAGACGAGAAAGUCCGUAUCUUCAAGGAUAUACAGCAGUCCCGCGAAGAGGCGAGGGCCGCCAAGCGCGAACAAGAAGCGCGCGACAAAAUGGACGACCGCCUCAUUGAGGUGCUACUGAAGUCACGAUGCAGGAUCGAGCAGAAGCGGAAGAAGAUGGAGGCCGAUAUAAAAAAUGAGAAGCUACGCGUGCUGGAGAAGAUCAGCGAGAGACUGGAGUCAGGAGACGCGGAACGCGAGGCCAAGGAACAGGCCGCUCUCGACAAAGCCGUCGCAGAAAAGAAUGCAGUAGACAAGGCGCGGGUCGAAGCUCAGCUGAAGAAGGAGGAGCAGUUCCGUCGCGAGAAGCGCGAGAGCCGCGAGCAGUACCUGCGCGAGCAGCAGCAGCAGCUGCAUGACUUCAACACCACGCGCCAGUGGGACAUCAUGAACAGAUUCAAGAACGUGGAAUUAUACGAGGACUUCCAGGAAAAACUACGAGAAGAGAAAGCGCGCAAAAUUAAAGAGUAUAGAGAAGAGAUUCUACGACUGUGGAAAGAGCGUACGGACCGCGAGGCCGCAGAACUGGCUGAGUCGCGGCACUUCUACGGCGCGCUGGCGGAGCAGAAGCUGCGCGACGCGGACAACAAGCUGCUGACGCACGCGGCUGCCCUGCUGCAGGAGGCCAAGGACCAUGGCCGCCCCGACCGCCCGCUGCAUAGGGCUAUCGAUGCUUACUGCAAGCUGUACCGUCUGUACCCGAUGCCGGACCUGCCAGCGUCAAUGCAGGAGCACUUCAAGGGCUACAAGACAUGGGACGGCUCGCAGCCCGACCCCGACUACCGCGAGCCGCCGCCGCCGCCGCCCCCCGUGCCUGAACAACACCCCACUCUGACCAAAACAGCCAGGCAGGAUGGACUGCAGCCAGUCGAUAAGCCGGGGCCGCCGAAACCCAAGGUAGAGAAGAAAGAAGAGAACGUGGACUACAAGAGAGCGGCUCCAGCUAACGGACUGCAGAGAAGGAACUUGGAGCAAACGUUCUCACUGCCACCCAUCUCUGUGGUGCCUUGCAAGACAGAAGCCUGUCGAUGUGAGUUGAAGGGAGCCAAAUGAAACAACGCUUUUACAAAAUAUUCAGUUUUUUAUUAUCAUAAUUAUCAAUUACUUUAGAAUGUGUUUGUUUUUAGACCUCGCACACAUUUGCAAUUCAACGCGCGUUGAAAGACUGCAGUAAAUAUAAGUAACGUAAAAUAUUAAAAUAGUUCAGUAUCAAAUAAAUAGAAAUACUUGUGCAUAGUUUCGUUCGUGCGACAGUUUCGACGCGCGGGUAAGUCGCGAGUGUGUGCGGGGUCUGCUAGAGAGCGUUUAUGGCACGUGUGUGAUGCUAUUCGAGUGUGACUAGAUAAUUGGUGGUCUCAAAUUGUCAGUGAAAUGUAAUAAAGCUUGUCUCGGUUCUAAA